AUGGAUUUAACGAGCGAUUUUGUAAGUGAUAAACACAUCGAAAGAUCGAGAAAAUGUCACAAAAAAACUUCACCUCGGGACAACGGUGUCGAGUGGUCGAAAUCGUUGACGCACGAAGACAACACUGGAUAUGCAUCCGAUUCCACAGAGAGCAAUAGCAACGAGGCCACGAGAAUUGGUCAAAAUAUCGAAAAAACAAGAACUAAUCAUUGCUCCGGCUUACCGAUUCCUUUUUCCAUCGACAAUAUCCUUGCACGGAACGACAAAAGUGUUGAGUACGACAGUAACGUUUCGAGGGACGAAACUAAUCGCUGCUCGAGUUUACUGGUUCGUCCGACGGCGAUUGGUCCAUCGCCGAGUCAAAAUCGUCCAUCCGGCGGUGCCAUACUUUCCUAUAAUCCGCAAUUUGCAAUUCACGAGGAUCCUUUUUAUGGAACGAGCCCUCACAACCCUGGGAUUUAUCCCGGCGAAUCCGAUGGAAUCGUACCGAGUUCAAGUAUUUCUCCAGAUUCGGGGGGCUACUCGGCCGCUGCUGUCUCAUUAGCCUCCGCUUCCUUACUUUACGGUGCUGCUUGUUGGUUCCCUCAGACGAAAUCUAACCAAUUAUUCGGAUUGCACGCCCCGAAGCCAAGUGGCAGAAGAUCCCGGAAGCCAGGAAUCGACAGGAAACCCCGCCAGGCGUACAGCGCAAAGCAGCUGGAGAGGCUGGAGGCUGAAUUCAAGAUCGACAAGUAUUUGAGCGUGAGCAAACGCAUGGAUCUUUCGAAGAGUUUAAAUUUGACGGAAGUGCAGAUAAAAACGUGGUUUCAAAACCGUCGAACAAAGUGGAAGAAACAAUUGACGUCGAGAUUGAAAAUGGCCCAAAGACAGGGUCUUUUCGGAGCUCCGACGUAUUUUAAUGGGAAUCAAUAUCCGGCUCUGCUGCCGGCUUAUUACGCGGCGGCAGCCGCUGCAGCGGCUGCAGUCUCGUCCCCUCCUCCGAGCAGUAGUGCCGCGCUCGUUUCCGGCGAAGUUCACGCCAUCGGCAACGGAGGAAACCAGGAGAAUUCCUACAGUAAUCUGUUCACCGGCGUUACUAAUUCUUCGAUCGCCUCGGAAGAUUCUUCCUCGUCGGUAAACGGACAAUCGGCGAUGAUGAGCUCGCUGCCAUCGGUCGGCAAUCACCACCGGCAAAAAAUAUCUUUAUCCAGCGUCAAGUAUUCGAACGAGUAUGAAUGAAAUAUCGAACGUUCCUGCGCGGGAACCAGCUCCUCUUAUUUUUAUUCCAAGCGACCCGUCUAUCAAACCUGCCACAUCAACAACGCAGCAUCAAUUCGAGCGACUGAAAUGCAGCUGGAAAAUUCGUCGAACACCCGAGAACCUUGAAAAUUGAGAAGCUUCGAACGCAACGUUUUACCUUUCGAAUCUCACUGCGUUGAUGCCGAUCGCGCAAGUAUUCGCAUUUCCAUAGCAACGGACAAGAAAAACAAUGAAAUUUUCCUCACCUUUUGGAAAAGUCCAACUCUAGCGAGGCCCAAAUAUUUUUUUCAAUUAUCCAGAACGGUGAGCAACGCGUUUUUAGCAUUCGUCGUGUUGGUUCAACGGAAAAGUGCUGAU